UUGUUUCUCAGAGAGGAAGUAUGUGGCCUGUUUGGCAAAUGCUGCUCUACAUGACAGUGUGAACUUCACAACACGCUCAUUCGCCUGCCUGCUCCUUGGCUUGAUCAGCUAACCCUUGCUGGCAGCAUGAGAGCAGUGUUGUGACUACGGCUUGUUUGAGAAAUACUGCAACCUGGAGUAUCAUGCCUAGCAUUUAAAGUUCUGAAGAGCUUUGACGGAAUUAGAGAGCACAAUGGGAAACACUAUGAAAACACCGAGAGCCUCCGCAGAAGGAGGAGAAGAAACAAAUGUGGCAAGCCAGACCGGUCAAGAGAGUGAUUUCCUUGCUGUCCUCUAUGACUAUCCCUCAGCAGACAUAAGCCAACCUAUAUUUCAUGUAGGAGAAAAACUACGUGUGCUAUCAGAUGAAGGAGGUUGGUGGAGAGUCCAUUCCCUUACAACAGGACGAGAAAAUUAUAUUCCAGGGAAAUAUGUAGCAAAGGUUUAUCAUGGCUGGCUAUUUGAAGGGCUGGGAAGAGAAAAAGCAGAGGAACUUCUACAGCUCCCCAACACCAAGGUCGGCUCCUUCAUGAUCAGAGAGAGUGAAACUAGGAAAGGAUUAUAUUCCUUGUCAGUGCGGCACAGGGAGGUGAAACAUUACAGGAUCUUCCGCCUUCCAAAUAACUGGUAUUACAUCUCUCCACGGCAAACCUUUCAGUGCCUUGAAGACCUCGUGAAUCACUACUCAGAAGUUGCCGAUGGUCUCUGCUGUGUCCUUACAACACCCUGCCUUACCCAGUGCACUAACAACCACAGCGUAAUGAAUCAAGUUCCUCCUGUGGUGAUGCGGAAUAAAAACUUCAACUGGAGAAGCGUUCACAGGCUGGAAAUGACUGGAGAUACGGAAGGCACACUGGCAGCAAUAGAUGAUUCCUGUCUCAGCUAUGGCCUGAGGGAAAGCAUUGCUUCCUACCUCUCCUUGACAGGGGAUGACAACUCUUCUUUUGUGAGUGCCAGAAAGAAGAAAGCACAGUCUCUUAUAUACACAGGGAGCAAGCGUAAGAGUACCCUUCACUUGCCACCUACAUAUUAUGAUGACUGACUCUGAGACAACAAGGAGAAAAAUGGAAGAUGACGGCUUAGAAAAAAUUAACAGAUCAUCCUGUGGUCCUGCAGUACUUCAGCAGCUGAGAGAUAAAGCACACCAGAUGGUGAUCAAACUCUGACUGCGCUUCUGCAUUUCUUCUUCUGAAGGUUAACCAGAGACCUUUGUAAGAGUACCAUCUCAUGCCAUUUACUGGAAUUGUGCUCAGUGCACCUGAAAAUAAAAACUGCUCAUUAGCAAGAUAAACUGAGACACUCUAAGACAAGAGUCAAGUGAGGCAGAGGAUUCUUCGGUGAGGAUGAUGCCCACCAUUGUACAAAGAUGACUGAGUAGGAAAAGACUAACUAUAGCUUAAGACCUUAAAUUAAAGUCUUAGUCUGGUACUCUCCAGAAGGCUGAAAAUCAUGUUUACAGAAUCUACCUACUCUGAGAGAAACAGCCUUUUUUCUUCUCCGUACAUACUCAUCAUUAUCAUUGAGAUGGAAAGUCUCCAAGAAAAUAUCAAGUAACUGGCAUCCAAGGGACAUCUCAUUAUAUUGACUGUACACAUCUGUCAUUUUUAUCUUUUGGGGAAAAAAAUCUAAUGUCACUGACUUUCCAAGUGGCUUUCAAUUCAGCUGGGGGUAAUGGCCUGUAGUGUCAUGGAAAGAUCACAAAAUGAAGAACAGCCUUAACUCACUGAGAUGUUCACGCUAAGGCCUGAGAUGGAAGUACAGGAGUAUCCAAAAGCAGAACUUAACUGUUUUUAAUCCAGUGGAUAUUCAUCAGAGAACAAAGUGGAGUUUUUUGUUUGUUUUGUUGGUUGUUUUGUAAAAUGAAAAGUAACAUAUUGUAAUAUAAUGCCUAACUGCAAAGGUAGGCUUGCAAAGGAGUGACCUUUGAGUAGAGGACAAGACUUGAACCUCAUCUACUGAAGGUACUCCAUAUUUAUGUAUAAUAUUUAUAUUAAUAUCAGCUUUUUAAACUAAUUAAACUGAUAGAACAAAUCAAAAA